AAAAGCUUUUAAAGCGAUUGCUCCAGCCCUCGAGGUGCCAUUUUGAGGCCUCUUAACUAAGCAUGGGGGGAAGGGCAGCAAAGGCCUGUCUCUAGCACACACAAGCACAUGCUUGAGAAAGCAAAGUAAGGCCUGGAAAACAGACUGUUCAGGUUUAGGAUUUAAGCUUGGUUUUCUCUCAGUGCAAAGAUAUUUAAUCUGUUCAUAAAAUGGCCUCUGAGGACCUCUGCUUUAGUUACACUGUGCCGGGCUCAAGCGAGAAGCACAGGAGAGCUCGUAACUGGACGGAUUCCGAGAUGAAAGCUCUUGUGUACAUUUGGGAAGAGUAUGUGGCAGAGCUAAAGAAGGCUAAGCGCAAUGCUAAGAUCUACGAGACAAUGGCUAAGCAACUUUAUGACUUAACUGGCGAACAGCGACACAGGGAGGAGAUUAAGAUGAAGAUUACCAACAUGACUUUCCAAUACAGGAAGCUGAAGUACACAGCAAAUGGUGGGAAUGCUAUACCUGAUUGGCCAUACUACAAAUCCAUUGAGAGGAUCUUGUCAAAGGUACCAGAGCAUGCCCAUAUGAGCCCACCAAGCCUCUCGACGUCUGGCCCCUCCACCUCCCAAAUCGAGUCUUCUGUGCCCCCGUCAGCUCCCCCAAGUGGGUUUCUACCAGAGUACACUGGUUCCUCAGAGGAGAGAGACAUCAACGACGAGGAUGAAGUCCUAACAGACAACUCUGGAAGUUCUUUUGAAACAAGGUCACAACCACGUAAGAGGCGGAGGCUGUCAAGUGUGUCACUGCGGCGAAAGAAGCUGCGUGUCAUGGAUGCAAUGCUGCAGGAACAACGCAGGAUAAGCCAUGCCGUUGAGGAGGCAUGUCACGAAGUCCGCCGCGUCAUGCAUCAGCAAAACUUCCUGCAGGUGCAGAGCCUCCAGCUUCAGGAGAGAAUGAUGAACCUCUUGGAGAAGAUGAUUCCUGCUCAGCCUGCCCCUUCCUGGCCCAUCCCACCAGUCCCAAAGAGUUUAGGAACACACACACCUGAGUGACACGACCUCAGAUACGGAAUAAGGACCUUUUUUUUUUGCCUUUGCAGAGGAGGCGUUGCUAUACUAAAUAUAAAAACUAUAACCAACUAGUUAGCGGUACAUUUUAGACCUGUUUAAGUGCUUUUAAGUCUUCUACAAUGAAUAUGUUAUUCAAAAAUGAGAUGUAUAUGGAAGCUUGUUUCCGCCAAUGAAUAAAAAAAAUAAAUAGCAAUAAUUGCGACUUUUUGUCUCACAAUUGCGAGAUAUGAAGUUGGAAUUGGUAGAAAUAAGUCACAGUUGUGUGUUGUAAAGUCAGAAUUGUGAGAUAUAAAGUCAGAAUUGCGUGAUAUAAAGUCGCAUCUCGCAAUUCUGCCUUAAUGACACAAAAUUGCGAGUUUAUAUGUCGAAAUUCUGACUUCUUUUCUCAGAAUUGCGAGAUAUAAACUUGCAAUUGCAAAGA